AUGACCGAAGUUCAGGAGUUUGUGCUACGACAAAGAAACCAGCAAAUUCCAGAAAGAAACCCAGCAAUGACUACAAUCCAGGAGGAUGUUCAGGAGUGGAUAAGAGACCUCACCCCCACAUCCCUCACCGAAGCGGCCAGGAAAGCCGAUGACUAUAUGAAUGCCCGCAGGCAACAGAAAACUGUGCCAGCCAGGACUGCAGUAAGAUCUACAGUGGGGACUACCUACCCCACCAGCUCAGCAGCACCUCCUCGGCAGCUUCCACCACCCCCACCAGCCACCUCACAGCAGCGGUUCCGCCAGCCCAGCACUUCUAUACAGGAGGAGAAUGAGACAUCGAUCUCAGAAUUCCAGCUGAUAGGAUUUGGCCAACACCGCAUUCUGAAAAUUCCUCUCUUUAGUUUGUUCAUUUUAGUAUAUUUUGUUAUAUUAACUGGAAAUAUCCUGAUCAUAUCACUGGUUUUAUCAAGUCAAAGUCUUCGAUCACCUAUGUAUUUUUUCCUCAGCCAUCUGUCGCUGUGUGACGUGCUAUGUACAACAAACAUAAUACCCAACAUGUUACGUAUCAUAUUGGUAGAAGCAAUCACUAUGCCUGUGACAAACUGUAUUAUUCAGUUCUACAUCUUUGGUGGCUCCACAACUACUGAGUCAUUCUUGCUUACGGUAAUGUCUUACGACAGAUAUUUGGCAAUUUGUCGCCCAUUACAUUAUAUCUCCAUCAUGGACCUCAAGCUCUGUCUUAAUCUUGCCGUCUGGUCCUGGCUUUUGGGUUUUGUCCUUACCCUAUACCCUGGUAUUCUGGUUGGUAUGCUAAAGUUUUGUGGCCCCAAUGUCAUCGACCACUUUUUCUGUGACCUUGCACCAUUUUUAUCUCUAACGUGUUCGGACAACGUCCACCGAGUGGAAAUUGAAAUAAUUGUAUCUUCUGUACCUGUAAUACUGUUUCCAUUUGUAUUCAUCAUAGCAACCUAUGGUUUCAUCUUCGUUACGAUCCUCAGGAUUCCGUCCAAAAUCGGGAGACAGAAAGCAUUCUCCACAUGCAGUUCUCAUCUCAUCAUUGUGUGCACCUAUUACGGAACAUUAAUUAUUGUCUAUAUGGUUCCUAGUCAGGGGCACUUUUUUAAUGUAAACAAAGCUCUAUCACUAUUAUAUAUUGUAGUGACACCACUUUGCAAUCCUAUCAUAUACAGUCUAAGGAAUAAGGAUAUCCAUUCUGUAUUGUGGAAAAUGCUUCGCAUGAUGUAA